AAGAAUUGCGAAUUACCCAGUAUCAAUUCUUUCCACUAAUCGACGUUCAUAUUAUCCAUUAAUUUUUUACUUGCACGGAAAUUUCUUUGGAUUUCGGUAUCGGAUUGUGUUUUCAUGAAUCCGUCAUUCGUUUUGGUGAAGAUUUCAGCAGCGAUUUCUGAUUUCAUGCGAUAAAUGGCUCUUCUCGGCUCCGCAAUUAAAAACGAGGUUGGAUUGCAGCUGCUUCUAUAUCCUCUCGGUUCUAAUGUUGUUGUUCGUACAGCAUGCUGCUCUGUAGGGAUUGUCUUACCCGUGUAUUCCACCUUCAAGGCAAUUGAGAAGAAAGAUCAAAAUGAGCAGCAGAAGUGGCUUUUAUAUUGGGCAGCUUAUGGAUCUUUCAGCCUUGUUGAAGUGUUCUCAGACAAACUUCUUUCAUGGUUUCCAGUUUACUAUCAUCUGAAGUUUGCAUUUCUUGUUUGGCUGCAGCUCCCAGCAACUGAUGGGGCAAAGAAAUUAUACGCUACCCACCUGCGUCCUUUCUUCCUUAGGCAUCAAGCGAGGGUGGACCGAAUUUUGGGCUCUGCUUAUGGUGAAAUGGUUAAAGUCAUCAGUGCACAUCAAGCAGAAAUUCAGUGCUUUAGGACCAUGAUUGUUAAGAUAAUGGGAUCAGAGGAACGAACAUCAGGGCUUGGGCCACCCAGACCAAAUCAAGCCGGAAGGCACCUAGCCAUUGAGGAUCAAUCGACGCUAGACUCAGAUACAGAGUCUGAUCUUAACGAUUGAUUUCUCAUAGCCUACAAUUUCCGUUGGUGUAAUUAUUAGAAUAUGAACUCCCGAUGUUUGGGAAGGCUUUUUUAGGUAGCCGCAUGUAAAAAUGAGUGCGACAUUUUGGGCAUUGAAUGAACAAUCUUGUUUCACAAUACCUUUGACUCAGAAAUGAACUACAGCAGUCAAUUCCAACUAUUGCAAGUGGGAAUUUUUUUA